AUGCCCUCCUCCGAGAACGUGCACGCGCAGCCGCUGCGCGACGGCGAGCUGCACUGCGCACACCAUCAGCCCGCGGCGCCAUCGUCGCUUGCUCCAUCGGCGCCCUGUCCACGCGCCGCGGUCAGCGAUCGGGCCAUCGUGCUCGGUAGCAGCGAAGAUUUCGAGGGCCCGGACGGGCCGCUGCCGCCAUCCAUCGCGAUCGUUGAAAGCGAGGCCAGGCUAGAGCAGGGCAACUGCCUUACGCAGCUACUCCGACGCUUCCCUGCACUUCACUACACCUCGAUCAAGUACAGUGACCCCACACUCCCCCACUUGUGGGUGCUCCCGCUCGAGGGGCAAACGGCACAAACGGGCCGGCUCGCGGACUUCAUGGUGAGCUUAGGGCUCACUGUGAGAGAGCAAGACCUUGACUACGAGAGCUCCGAUGACGAUGCAGCCAGCGAUGUCGACAGCGCGCGUUGCGAUGAGCCGCUGGACCCUGACGUAGAGGCGGAGUUGCCCGAUUAUUUUUAA